AGCAGCAUGGUCCAGGCUGCACCAUGGGGCCGGAGAGGGUGACCGCCCGGGAGCUGUGUGAGAACGAUGACCUGGCCACCAGCCUGGUCCUCGACCCCUACCUGGGCUUCCGCACGCACAAGAUGAACGUCAGCCCAGUGCCCCCUCUGCGUCGGCAGCACCACCUGCGCUCGGCGCUGGAGACCUUCCGGAGACAGCGGGACUUGGAGGCGGCCUAUCGGGCCCUGACCCUGGGCGGCUGGAUGGCCCACUACUUCCAGAGCCGUGGCCCGCAGCAGGAAGCUGCCCUCAAGACUCAUAUCUACCGAUACCUUCGAGCCUUCCUGCCUGAGAGUGGAUUUGCCAUCCUUCCGUGUACUCGAUACUCCCUGGAGACCAAUGGGGCCAAGGUCGUGUCUACACGUUCCUGGAAGAAGAAUGAGAAGCUGGAGUUGCUGGUGGGAUGCAUCGCAGAACUUCGGGAGGCAGAUGAGGGCUUGCUCCGGGCUGGUGAGAAUGACUUCAGCAUCAUGUACUCCACUCGGAAACGCAGCGCCCAGCUGUGGCUGGGCCCAGCAGCCUUCAUCAACCAUGACUGCAGACCCAAUUGCAAGUUUGUGCCCGCAGACGGGAACGCAGCCUGCGUGAAGGUGCUCCGAGACAUCGAGCCUGGGGACGAAGUGACCUGCUUCUAUGGGGAUGGCUUCUUUGGGGAUCGAAAUGAGCUGUGUGAAUGCUGUACCUGUGAGAGAAAGGGAGAAGGUGCCUUUCGCUUGCGGCCCCGGGAUGCAGCUGCCACCACUCCCAAGACUUGUGAAAAGUAUGACCUCCGGGAGACAGAGAGGCGUCUGCAGCGUUACUGGGAGGCGAGAGGGGCCCGGCCGGGCCUUGGGCCUCUGGGGGCACAACGCUGUUCCCAUCUGCACACCUUGCACCGCCUGGACCUCUUGUGUGCACUCUGCCAGCCCCUGCACCUGCAGCCUUUCAGUACCCAUUCGGACCCCUCUGCUUUGUGGGUGCAAUGGCUGCCACAGCCGCAGCCUCCCCGCCGCCGCCGCCGUCGUCGCCGUCCCCCCCGCCGUCGGCCAGCCCACCUGGCCCUGCACCCUCGGGUCCCUCGAGUUUCCCUGCACCGGUGGGGGGGCUGUAGUCCACAGUGCCGCCUUCGGGGGGAGGUCACUGUGGCCUUGAACCCAGCCCCUGCCUCAGCCCCAGCUCGGUCUGCCCCACUGCAAGACUGGCAUUGGGCCCGGCAAUAUGGGCUGCCCUGUGUGGUUCGAGUGGACCUGAGUGGUGCCACCCCAGUCCCUACCGCCCCUGCCAGCCUUAGGCCUGCAGGCCCCGAGCCCCCCAAGCGGACCCUGGCCUUUGGCCCCUUCUCUCCACCUAAGCGUCUGCGCCUUGUGGUCAGCCAUGGCUCCAUUGCCCUAGAUAUUAACGGGGGCCACUGAGGAUGAGUUGGGGGCACCUCCUCUGCCCCCAUCGCCCCAUCUCCAACAGGCUUGAAUUCCUGGGAAGCAGGGGUUGGGGGUAUCAGGGCUCCUUCCUAUUGCCCCUUCAGCCGCUACGUAGCAGGGAGCUACCUCCUCUGACCUCCAGAGGUCAGCCUGCCUCAGCAGGGAGGCUUGGUUUUUGCCUCAGGAGGCCGUCUUCUUUCUUCAGCCCUUGAGAGUUGGCGAGGCUGAAGAGGGCGCAUGGAUUUGUCUUUUCAGGACCCUCCUCUCCUGGGUUUGAGGGUCCCUGUGGGGAGGUGUCCUGUGAUCCUGCCAGGGCCAAACUCAGCAGGGAGCCAGACCCUCUCUAUUUCUCCCUCAGGCUUCCAGGGCUUCCUUUUCCUUUCUCUCCCAGCUAGUUCCCUGAGGCCUUGAGCAGCUGCUUGGGAUCCCAGGGAGCUUGAGCCAGGCCCCCCAGGGAAUUGGGGGGGCAUAGAUUUCAAGGUGCUGCCUCUCCCUGGCCGGGAAUGGCCCCUUAGACCCUGCUGGGGCCACUCUUCAGGGGCUUGGGGCGCCUUUCUGAUCCCCAUACCUUUCACUAGGAGCCAGCUCCUUCAAUUGAACAGGACUAACCCUAGCAAGAAGGCCCUUCUCCAGGGGCAAGGGUCUGGCUGUCUGGGGGCCACCUCUCUUCUCCUUACAUACCAAGGACUCUGACCUCAGCAGGCCCCAGGCCCAGCCUUGGAGGCUCUGAGGUGGGUGGAGGGAAGGGUGUAGAUGGCCAGGCCCCCUCUUUUGACCCAGCAGGGAUAACCUUAGUUAGGGGCCAACCCCCUGACCCUAGUAGCCCCCACCAUGGGCCAGGGGACAGAGGGGAGCUAUCUGCCUCAGUGGCAGGAAGAUAGAGCCUAGGAUAUGUGUGGGGGGGUGCCCACACUCCCAAACCCAGCAGGGAGGGAUAGGCAAGGAUCCCCUCCCCCCAGCCUCAGGAUGGUUCUUGACUUUACCUCCCGCCUCAGUGGCACACCGCCCCCCCCUUCUCCAGGGAGGAAAGCCAUAAAGAAAGGGGGGGAUGGAGGGGGGAGGGGGGUCUUUUGCAGAUGGCACUGUCUUUUUCCCCCCUCCACAUACAUACCCCUCUGGCUCUCAGGGAGGCCACCCCACCUCAUCUUUCUCAUGGUGCUAUAACUCUGGUGCCUCCUGGGGAGUGAGGGGAAGAGGGGGCCAGCACAGCCUGGGGCCCUGGGCCUCACCACCCCCACCCCAGGGAUUGGGGACACUGGGUGAUGGGCAGUUUGCAACUUUUUUUUUUGAUAAAAGUCCUUGU